UGGGGAAUGAAACAAUGGACGUGCGGACAAUGGAACGCCCUGCGGGGCAGUGCGAAGCGGGCGGUAGCGUACCAAAAAUGGCUCUGGAAGGAGACGUGGUGCGGAAAUUUGUUACCACUGAGCUCCGUGACCGACAGGGAAAAAAAGAAAGACCCACUUACUUACCAUUUCCACUACAAUCUGCCCCGAGACAGAAUCCCUCAAGAGAAUCUGUAGCCGUAAGAUUAGAACUGCUGCUCUUCUAUGCUGGAGAAAUCUGAAGAUUGUGGCUGCAAGUUAUGUACUGCUGGUAGCAAGGACACCAUGCCAAGGCAACGGGCAGUGACAUGGGGCUCUGGCCCCAGGAGGUUCAGUCAGCUGGAAGGGUGAUUCCAGGGGAGACGAGACUGUAUUUGCUUUUUCUCCUCCGAUGCAACUUGCAAAAGUUUCCCUUUGCAGGCUGGAUCUGAGCAACAUCUCUCAAAAUCUCAGAAUCAGCCAACAGAAAUGGAGACCCUGGAUCUGUUGAGGAAUUGUUUGGUGUGCAAAUGGGACCUGCGGAGGAGAGACCCCAGAAUGCUGCCUUGCCUUCAUUCCUUCUGUAAGGACUGUCUUCCGGAUUUGAUUCAAGGAUAUAGCUGUAUUCCCACUGAGUACGAAGUUCUGUAUGAAGGUAUCCUUUCCUGCCCUGUGUGCAAACAGACCUGCUUUGCAAGGGAUGUAGUUGAAAACUUCUUUCUCAAGGACUUUCCCACUGGUAAUUCAGCUAUGGCAAAGAGCUGCUCCACGUGUAAAGAGAAGAGACCUGCUCACAGUCUCUGUACAAGCUGCAAUAAGUGGUUGUGCAGCUCCUGUACAGAGGAACACAGACAUGGCAAGGAAUCUGGAGACUGCUUCCUGUCUGUAUCCCUGAAGGGCUGCACAGCAACUGAAAAUGAAGCAAGCGAGUUUUCCUUAUUUUGUCCAGUGCACACUCAAGAGCCACUCAAGCUGUUUUGCGAGACCUGCGAUACCCUUAUGUGCCGCAGCUGCCUUCUGACAGAGCAUAAGGAACACAGGUUCAGACAUCUUGAUGAAGCUUUGCAAAACCAGAGGGUUAUCCUGGAAAAUGUCAUAACUAAAGUGGAAGAGAAAAAAAAUGGGAUUCAGGUUUCAGCUAAACAGAUUGAAGACAGGUUGCUUGAAGUAAAACAUUUAUACAAAAAGGUAGAAAAUCAAAUAAAAAUGGCCAAGAUGGUUUUGAUGAAUGAAAUCAAUAAACGAACAAACAUCCUUCUUGAACAACUUGAAAAAAUCACCAGUGAAAGGAAGCAGAAAUUGGAGCAACAAUUGCAAGGUGUUGUGGUUUUAAGCAGACAGGUAGACCAUGUGCAGAACUUCAUCAGUUGGGCAGUAUGCAGUAAAAACAGCAUCCCAUUUCUCUUCAGUAAAGAGCUGAUUGUAUUUCAGAUCCAGCGUUUGUUAGAGACAAACUGUAACACAGACUUAGGCCCUCCUCUGAAGAUCAAAUUUACUUGGGAUCCCUCCUAUUGGACUAAACAACUGUCCAAUCUGGGAGGUUUCACUAUGGAAGGUGGACACGUUUCUCACUCAGAUGUGCUAGUCUGUGGAAACGUGCAAGGAUUACAGACCUCCUUGUAUCAUGGGCACCGUUCCUCAGCAUCACAGCUGGAGCCCGUGAAUAGCCAGCCACAUCAGUUUCCACCUGCAGUUCAGUGUCCUAUGCCUGUGUGUUGCUCGCGCUGCCUCAGCAUACCUCACCCAAACAAAGCUCAACCUUCUUACCAAGACAUAAACCGCCAUCAAAAUUUUCGACAACCUCCUGAAAUGCAUCAGCAGCACUUUCCUCUGCAGUACAGCAUGCAGCAACAUGACAAAGAACAACGGGGUGGCCCCCAGCCUGUGAAGCUAACACAGUCUGCACUGGAACAGCAGUCACUGUCAGAGCCAGAGAACAUGUCUGGGAGGAUGGGAAAGCGCUUACCGUCCCAGCAGCUGCAGCAGGCUGCCCCCCUGGGCUAUGCUGUUGUAUCGCACGAGGCUCAGCAAGUUCACACGAGCCAUUCACAGCCGUUCCGCACACAGGCUUCUUUGCAGACAUCAACUGUGCAAGUGCAACUUGGUCAUCUCCAGAAGAUAAAAUCUAACCACUUGCAGCAGCCGCCACAGCAGCAGCAGCUGCCACCAGCAUCACCACCAUCAGGUCAGAAUGAGAACACGCACAAACAAGUCAUCCAGCAGAGCCUGGACAUAAUGCACCACCAGUUUGAACUGGAGGAGAUGAAAAAGGAUCUGGAGCUGCUUCUGCAGGCCCAAGGACAGUCUAGCUUGCAGCUGAACCAAGCCAAGCCACCUCAGCAUGUUCAACAGACCAUAGUUGGUCAAAUCAACUACAUAGUAAGGCAGCCAGCCCCAGUUCAGCAACAAAUCCAAGAUGAAGCACAAGUCUGUGAGAGUUCCACUGAACUUGAUGCCCAGAAGCCUGUAAUUCCUCUUGACAACAGUGAUAGUCCCUCCCUGCCACAGUCUCUAGAUGAAGAAGCCAGUGUCAGCAGUCAUUCCCCUGAGAGCACAUUGCAACAAUCAGCUUUCCAACCAGUGAGAAAGCAUUCGGCAUCCUUAAGCAUUGUGGGCUUUUCAAACAGUUUAGAAAUGGAAUUACCUUCAACAAAGUUAUCUGGCUCGGCCGAUCCACAGAUGCAAGGUGCAGCUGCUGCUGCAACACUUGGCCCAUCCCUGAAUGCCCUGCGUGACUGUGAUUCUCCACCAGAGUCGGUGCCCAGCUACAGCUUGGUGUUGGGCAGAGCUCCGAGUGACCUGAGUCCUGGGGCUGCCACUGGCCUUGCACCAGGUGAUGCACUCCAGGGCAGCACAAAGUGCAAGCUGGAAAAUGAAGACUUCAAUACUGUAGAUCAUCCUCUAGAAAACAGCUUGGCUACUGCUGGGCAAGAUGUAGUUAAUGAAUUAACUCUUUCUAUGCAAAAAGUGCUGGAAGAACCUAUUAAUCUUUCGAUCAAAAAAUCUCAACAUUGCACUUCUCCUUCUGAACUGAUCAGCAACACUUCUUUCCUGCCUGAAAAUGCCAGAAUGAGACAGCUUAAAAGCAAAGAAGAUUCCAAUAACUGUGAAAAGGAACAUUUUGAAAUGGAUAUGGAAAGCAAUCAGAAUGUCAGAACUGACCCUAAGGAGCAGAAGAUCCCCUAUGUGCGACUGGAACGUCUAAAGAUACGUACAUCAGAAGUGGGGGAGCUCCCGGUGUUUAAGCUCCAGCCACAGGACAAUGAGCAUGAGGGCAAUUUCCUCCUGAUUAUUGAAUGUGGGACCCAGUCUUCAAGUAUGUCUAUAAAAAUAAAUAAAGAUAGUCCACCUGAAGGACCGAAAUCCAAAGAGGAGCACUCAGAGGACAGAAAAUUUCUCAUAUCCCAGGCUGCAGGACAGACACAAUCUCCUCCUGUAGAUACUCCAUCUGUUGAUCAGAAGCUCAGCAAUGGCAUUUCCAUCAUGAAAAAAUCUCCAGUUACUCAGGAAAUCAAUCCAAUUGAAAAUGAGGAUUUCUGUGCUGUAUGUCUUAAUGGAGGAGAACUGUUGUGCUGUGAUCACUGCCCCAAGGUCUUCCAUCUCUCCUGCCAUGUUCCAGCCCUGCUCAGCUUUCCAGUGGGAGAAUGGGUGUGCACACUUUGCCGUAAUCCAUUGAAGCCGGAGGUAGAAUAUGACUGUGAAAACACACGCUACAGCCACAGCAAUAAUGUACAAUAUGGCCUUGAUGACUAUGACCAGAAGAAGUGUGAAAAGCUGGUGCUUUCCCUGUUCUGCAGUAGUAUGAGCCUCCCAUUCCAUGAACCUGUUAGCCCCCUGGCUCGGCAUUAUUAUCAGAUCAUCAAAAAGCCAAUGGAUUUGUCGAUCAUACGAAAAAAGCUGCAAAAAAAGGAUAAGUCCCACUAUUCUGCACCUGAGGAACUUGUGACUGACGUGCGUCUCAUGUUUUGGAACUGUGCAAAGUUCAAUUAUCCAGAUUCAGAGGUUGCUGAGGCUGGACGAUGCCUAGAUGUAUUCUUUGAGAGCAAACUGAAGGAGAUUUAUCCAGACAGGCAUUUUCCUUCGAUGCAGCAAGAAGACUCUGAUGCUGAAGAAGUGGACAGUCAGAAUAGCAAAAUCCCACCCCAAGAUUUUCAGUGGCCGUCGUACGGACAGGAGUGCAUUCAGCCUAAAAGGAGACGGCGCCAUGCUGAAUGUGAAAAAACUAAAAGAAUGAUGUUUCAGCCAGCUAACAGCCUUCCUCAGGUGUGACCUCCUCAAGAUAUGAGAUUUGCUAUGAGGAAUCCAGCAGCAUAGCUGACAGAGUUAAGGUGUGUGGGAGGAAAGCAAAGCACUUGGGCUGUUUAUUUAAACUCUCCUAAUCUGCUGACCAUAUGCCUUAUUUCUAGAUCUUGUGCAUAGAUAACAGAUCCAAAGUGUUUGAAUCUGUCGAUAUUCAAUUGUUAAAUCAUAUAUGUUUUGCUGUGUUUACACUGAAGUACUAAUGUUUUGGUGAUAGGUAACGAUGACGAAUAAUAAAAGUAACAUGCUAAUAAUAUCUAAUACUGCAGUACCAUUUUAUAAUCUGUUCAACGUGAUAUCUCUAUUUUAUAGAGCACAAGUGACCAUGUAAUAAUCUUGCAACCUCAGUGUGAAUGUUGACCAUGUGAUGUGUAGUCAUAAAAGCUGUAAUCCUGUUUUCUUAUUCAAUGAUUUUUCUGGGAGCUUGAUGCUCAAGGCCUAUGAGAUACUGUCUAAUGUGAUUAUCUGAUUAGCUGUUUCUUUUGAAACAGAGCAUUUUAGUUAAAUCAUGAAAGAACAAGUGCUAAUAGUGCUAACACUAGGGCUUUGUGUGAGCUGUUUCUAAGUGCAUACUGGAUGCUCUGUUCGCAAGGAAUGAUUCUUCAGUAUCUAAUUCAUGCUCAGUAAAGCAGUGUGAGACUUCUUGGGUCUCAAAGGCAGCAUUUUUAUACAACCCAAGCCAGCUGUUUUUCUUUAAAGCAGAUACUGGAAUUCAGUAAAUUAACUAUGAAGCAAAUUACAUGGUUAUAGAAGCGGCUAUAAAAUAACGUCAUAUAUUCCUGAUUUUCUCUUUGCUUAUUUCUCAUAGUUGUGAUUACCAACAGUGCUAGAAGAUGAUGAUAAUGUGUAUAUGUAGAAGAUCAAACAGAAUGAAAGGAUGUCUAAGUUGUUUUGAUUUUUUUUUUGUUGGUGGUUUUUGGUUUGGUUUUUUUUUGGGUGGUGUUUUUUUGUUUUUUGCUAAAUUCCACAAUGUAUUGGCAGAACACCACCAAGGGCUGGAAGAGCAAUUUUAGAGUUUACUUGAACAAAGAGUAGCAUGUAAUUGUAAAGCUUGAAGGGUGGGAUAGGUAACAAGACAUGACACCUGAUCAGAGAGUGAUGGUUUGCAAGCUGUUCUCACCUCUUCCAGAAGCAAGUGAGCCAGAUCUUUACGUGGUCAAUACUUUCUUCAUGUGUCUGAGGCGCAUCUUCCUCCUUAGAGCUCUGCCCACCAGCAUAAAGCUGGGCUGUGGUCUGGUUCUGAGACACAAAGGUUGUUGCAGAUCUCAAACACAGUUAAAGUUCAUUUUAAUUAAGUUCCUGUAAAUAAAGAUGAUAUUUUCAGCAUAGUUUAUAUGGGCUAUUUGGUCUGGUAACCAUGUAUGUUAUUUUAGAUAACACUUCAAAGUAAAGGUUUAUGUGUGAAAUAAUAAGAUGUGAACAUUACAUACAUUCCACUAUCUACGUGACUUAGUUUGCCCUUAACUUGGUAGUGAGCUAAUGUUUUCUUUUCUUUGAAGAAAUGAAAAUCUGGAUAUUAUAAGCUGACUGGAAAACCGUGAGAUGAAGGGACAGCCUUUAAAUUUUCUAUAUGUGAAUUCCUAUGUGUUUGCUUUCUGUCAAACUCCUCAAAACAGUAAGUGUCUUGGCACAGGGAAAUGAGUGCAGGUUUGUAACUGAAUGAAUCAUCCUUACCUGUGCUACAGGUAUCACGUUUUCUCAGUUGGUAAUUACUUCCUCAACCAAAGACCUGUCUUUUACCAUUAAUAACGCAAAAAUGAUAUGCUGUAUAGCCUUCAUCUAGGGGCAAAGGUAGAAAUAGGAGAGACUAUCGACAACUUCCUCUUUUCCUGGAAGAGCAGAGUCAACAAGAGCCUGCUCCUAUUUCUUAAAGGCUGUAAGUUUAACUGUACCAUUAGUUUCGGGGAACACCUGUUCUAAUAAAAUUUGUCCAGGAUAUAUUAUGCCUUUAUUAAAAAUAAAGCGUACUGGUUUGUCAUCAUAUAUAAGAUACCCUUUGGAUGUGUGCUGGCAGGACUCUAUGGCCUGAGCACUCUUCAGGCUAACUUUGUUUUUGAUUACUUUUCUAAGACAUAGUAACAGUUAAAAAAAACACUUGUAAACUUCAUGUGGUGUUGGUAAGCAGAACAAAAACUGAACUCAUACAUAUGACUUUACAUACUUUCAGACACAAAUCUGUGGGUCAGCUUCACGAUUGCAUGUCAUAAGAAGAUCAUCCAUCUCAAACAUUGCCUUAAAACUGCUGGCUUGUGAUGUUCCUGCUGCUGAUACCAUACCACCAGAGCCCGGAAAUUCUUGGGGCUUUUACUCUGUUGAAGUCCAAUUGCACACUGGUAACAGCAGAGACAGGUGCGAAAGGGAGGGUCUCUUUUCUAAAAAUCUAACAGCCCACAGAGCCCAAAAGAGAAGUGAUAGGUUAUGUAGUUACUUUUUUUUCUAUCACACAGCCUAUUUCACAAUCCAGAAUGCAUACAAAAGGAAGCAAGGAGGAACUCCUGAAGUUUUCCACUGGAAGUAAGUAUAGCAGAAACAAAUGCCAGGAACGCUGUGGAAACCCUAGCAAAUGCACUAGGCUCCUGCAAAUGCAACCAAGGGCACAAUUUUUCCUUUUGUCUUUAGUAAUAGGUUACAUGUAAAAUGGGAAAAUCCUCUUUGUGCUUAAGCAGUUGGAAAAGAGAUUGAUUACACUUCAGUAAUAGGUCUGUUGAAGAAGAAAUGACAGCUACAAAUUUGACUUUCAUUCCCCUACAGACAAUUUCAAAGACAUACUUUUUCUGGUAUCGUUACAGCAGAAUGGCAUUAGAGUUAAUACAAACAGGUGUUUAACAAUUCAGAUUAUUGAAUGACUGCA